UGUGUGGCACUACACUGAAACUAUGCGCCCUGACUGACGUCAAGGUGUGGCUUUUAAGACUCUUCAGCGUGAUCCAGGAAAUGCCGGCAGACAAAUGCUGCAGAGCCAGUUAUUUCCAGGGAUCAUAAGAGCACAGCAGCAGAGCAGGCAGGCAGAGGAAAACUGGAAAUAUGGCAGAUACACCAGAAACCCAGCCAGCUCCCGUGAUCCAACAGCAGCAGCUGUGCACUAUCAGUUCAGGGGAGCUCAGCACGGAUGAUCCGGCAGUAUGUAGUCACUCCGCCUGCGUCUCCUGCGGUACAAACAAAAGUGAAGAAGUUCCUGUCAAACCUGAAACCUCUGAUGGUCCUGAGCAGAAGAGCACAGCUGAAGUUCCUGAGAUCAAGAGCAAAAUGGAACAAAGUCAGGACUCAAAGAUGACAGAAAUGAAAAUCCAAGAAGAUAUGAACGAGUCCGAGGACCCCAAAAAGCCUGUUGAGGAUGGAGAACCACAUGCAGGCGGAAUGGCGAAUAAAGAAGAGGAGAAGGAGGAAACUCUGGGUCCCGACAAUGUUGUGUGUGACUCAUGCAUUGAGAGCCCCCGCAGGGCCCUCAAGUCCUGCCUCACCUGUCUUGUGUCAUACUGUGAGGCACAUCUUCGGCCUCACCUGGAGAACCCAAAGUUUCAGAACCACCGGCUGGUAGAGCCUCUCAGGGACAUCGAAAGGCGCACCUGUGAGAGCCACAAGUGGCCGCUGGAGCUUUUCUGCUGUGCCGAUGUCUGCUGCAUCUGCCAGGACUGCGUGACAGAGGAACACCGGGGCCACAGCACCAUUCCCGUGGUGGAGGCUCGGAGUCGGAUUGAGAGAGAGCUGAGGGAGAAACAGACAGAGAUGGUGAAGACGGUGACAGCAGCAGAGAAUGCCAUCAACAAACUCCACCUCAACACAGUUUCUAUCGAGCACUCGGUGACAGAGGUGCAAGCAGUGAUCGAGAGCCAGUUCGAGCGGCUGCAAGCAGUGGUGGAGAAAGCCAAGAGGGAGGUGAAGGAGAUCCUGGAAGUGGAGGAGCAGCAGGCACUAAAGCAGGCCGAGGGCAUCAGGGUUCACCUGGAGCAGAGGUGCACAGAUCUGAAGAAGACUCAGGCGCAAAUGGAGAAACUCUCCAGAUAUAAAAAUGAUGUGGACUUCCUGCAGGAGUAUGCAGAGUGGAAGAAAGAAGCCACUGAUAACUCCCUUCCUGGGGUCUACAUAGGCCUGAUGGACUGUCUGAACUCCUUCAGCCACGUGAUUGUGAAAUCCACUCAGGAGCUCUGCGGAAUGCUGGUCUCUUCGUACACUGAAAAAGUCAAAGAGACGUGCAAAAACGACAAAAUGGGAAUAAAGACAACAGUCCAUGCAAUUGUUGCAGCCAAACACAACAUGUCCAUCCCUGAUCCUGAGACGCGCGAUGACUUCCUCAAAUAUGCUGCUCAAGUGAGUUUUGAUGCUGACACGGCUCACAAGUUCCUCCGCCUGACCGAGGAGAACCGCAAGGUGACAAACACCACCCCCUGGCAGCAUCCCUAUCAGAGUCAGCCCGAGCGCUUUGAGAACUGGCGGCAGGUCCUGGCUGCAGAGAGCUUUUACCUGGGCCGCCACUACUUUGAAGCAGACAUCAGCGGUGAAGGGACGCACAUCGGCCUGACCUACAAGAGCAUCGACCGCAAGGGCAGCGAGAGCAACAGCUGUAUCACGGGAAACAACUUCUCUUGGUGUCUCCAGUGGGUUGGACGCACUUUCUCUGCAUGGCACAGCGACGUAGAAACUCCACUAAAUGUGGAGAAGUUCACUCGUAUUGGGGUUUAUGUAGACUAUAUGCAAGGGCUGCUGGCUUUCUAUGGGGUGGAUGUCACCAUGACACUCAUCCACAAGUACACGGCUGAGUUCCGGGAGCCUCUGUAUCCAGCCUGCUGGCUGCCCAAAAAGGAGAACAUUGUUUUCUUGGUGACACCUGGGGAACCUUUACCUCUAAAAAGCCCUUCCCCUCCCACCUCACCUGGAAACGGAGCGUUUGCUACAUGAACCUGCGACCUGUCAGCGUUUAAAAUAAUAAAAUAAUAAUAAUAAAGAAAUGUUUAGCUUGUUUACAGCAGAUUAUCUUUGUCGAAGAACAUAUACUGUGUGUAUCUGAUGUGUCCUUUGUAUUUAUGCAUACACAUGACAUUGGAAGAACUGUUACUGGAAAUGCUCUAUCUUUUCUGUAUGCAAAUAAAGUUUUGAAUUUUCA